GGACUGAACCUUCUGAACCUCAGACAAGGACUUCUCCAUCCAUUUCUUCUGGCAGGACUUCAUUUCCAGGCUUCAGACUUACAGAGAGACCCGGCGCGCUCCCUUAUUAAAUAUACACCAGCGGCACCUUCCAAGUCGGGACUUUCCAAGCUAACCUCCGAGGGGCAAAAUGGGCCUUAAGGACACGGUCGGAGCAUAUAUCACCUUCGGUUCCAAAUUUGUGACUACGGCCUUGCUGACCUUGUCUCUUAUUGGAAUACAAGCAGUUUUAGACUCCAACUUUACAUGUCCGAAAAAUGGUUACAGCCCAGUCCUUGUUUGCUUCUACAGCCUCUCGUUCUACCUGUGUCCCGCCAUCAUCUUCAUCUACUUGGGACUCUACUAUUUUCCUGGCUUCAACAAGAAGAAGGAAUGUUGCCCCUGUUGGUCUGGCCCUUUGACUUGUCUCUACGUUGUCCUGGAAAUCGGAAAAGCUCCACUGAUUUGGCUCCUGAUAGCGCUCGCAGACGGUCGGUACAUGUCCUGCUUUGUCGUUGCCGCCUCUAACUAUCAGCUAGACCACGACCUUUACUUAUUCAUAUUUCAGACCUCUGGAAUGUUGGCAAUUACCCUUUUGGUCAUCAUACUUUUUUACACAUCGCAGUGUACCUGCGAGUGUUUGGAGGACAGUCGGCGUACGUACGAAAUGCUGUCAGAUGUGGAGAAUAUUCUACAAGCAGAUAAAGCAGAGAAAGAAAAAGCUGAGGAGAAGCGGAAGUUUCUGCACGCUUUGGAGCAUAACGAAGAGUACAUGGACCGGAGACUGCCGCCAUACAUGCUGGACAAGGAAAGUGUGAUUGCUGCUAAGCUGAACCCACCACCUGCUGGCCACAUAUAGAAUGGCAAAAAACAACGAGGGUGACCAAAAACACACAAAACUGUAGAAAGCUUAGUCUUGUACACAUUUUAGUUUGUACAAGAUCCAACGAAAGUGGACCUGUUAUCAGAUAUAUUUUUCAUGCUGUCCUCAGAUUUUCAUGUAAGGCACCAUCUUUGUUCAGCCACAAUUCAGGGUAUUCACCCAACCCAGGUGAACCUGGGUACACAGUUGAUGACCUUGGCCGCAUCCCAUAUGUCCUAGUUUUAAAAGGGUCAAAACAAGCUCACGAAUGCAGCUGUUUCUGUAGAUUCCCCCAGCCUUUCCCACCACUCCUGGGAGCCCAGAACCUCAAUAAAUGUUGUUUGGAUUGUAAAUAGGAGGAUAUCAAAGAACAUCUAUUCUUCAGUGUCCUCUGCAGAGUGUGAACCUAGCAGUGCUCAGCUCUGAGCACUUCUGUGUUCAGAGCAGUGGCGUCUGGUGCUCCAUCGGUCAGGGGGGAUGGCAGCAGACAGACCUGACCACAGACACCCCCCCUCGCUCCAGUCCGUCACUGCACACUAUUGACAACACUGACCACCCCCCCCAUCACCAGCUCGCCCUCUUACCAACCAGGCCCCUGUCAGCCCUGCACUUACUCAGUGCAGGUCAUGGCUGUUGCGGCGUCGUCCCCCCUCCGUCUCCUCCGUGUCCCAGCCGUCGCUUCUCCUCCCGGCCAAUUGGAUCUUAGGACUCCUCUCCAAUGGAGUCUUAGUACACCCAACCAAUGGGGUCUUUCGACUCCUGGCCAAUAUGGUAUUUGGACUCCUGGCCAAUGGGGUCUCAGCACUCCUGGUCAAUGGGUUCUUAGGACUCCUGGUCAAUGGAGUCUUAGGACUCCCAUCCAAUGGGGUCUUUGGACUCCUGGCCAAUGGGGUUUUUGGACUCCUGGCCAAUGGGGUCUUUGGACUCCCAGGCCAAUAAGGUCUCAGGACUUCCGGCCAAUGGGGUCCCAGGACUCCCGGCCAAUGGGGUCUCAGAACCCACUUCCUGAUUGGCCGAGCAGAGAAGCAGGAAGACAUUAGCGAAUAUUAAUUGCCUAAUGUCACAAAACAUUAGAGCACUGCGCCCUGAGCCCACCCUUUUUUUAAGUCAAUUAGAGCCUCAAGCUCUAAUCAUGUGCUUCUAAAAAAAAGAAAACGCAAUAAAAAUCAUAAAUGCGUCCAAGGCCCUGCAUGUAGAUUAGGGGGAGGGUGCAUGGAUUAAGGGGGGUGGUGCCCAUGUGCCCCUAAUGAAUGGGCCGCCACUGGUUCAGAGUUGUCUAAACCCCCAGUGCAGGGGAGUAAACAACAGACCGAAUACAGUUUGUGCCCAAUCAGCUGGAGCAGAGAGCAGGAGAGACAUUAGGGGUCUAAUAGACCCCUGAUCUCUCCUUAAAGAGUAACUGUCACAUUGCAUUACAUUUUUAGCCUCCAUAUAUUAGUGAUUAAGUUAAAAAGAUUUAAAAAUAUAUAAAAAAAAGAAGAAAAAAUUAAGAGCGCCUGCUUUACCCUACAUACACACAAAUGCAAACAUACCAAUAGAAUAUGCGCAUGUGUAUUCACAAUCACAAUGUCACUAAGAAAAGAUCUUGGAAAUGGACCGGAUGGAUCGUGAAUGAGCAGGUUCUGCAAAGAGUCAAUGAAGCAAAACCAGACUGAAACCAAAACGAAUAUCAUUACUUGUGACGACUGAAUUGAUUAGUACAUUUUAAUUCACCUGAAUAUCUUUCUGAGAACCAAUCACGGCCAAUCAUGCUUCAUGAAUUGUUUGAUCCCGGGAGGAAUCCACCUUUCAGAAUUUGCUGCUUUACCUGAUCUGUGAGACGAUUCGCUCGUCACCGACAACUGCAUCAAAUGUGCAAAGAAUGCUGUGAAAAAAA